AUGGCAGACAAGGCGGAGACUGAGUACACUCCUCGUACUCCUCCCUCUAAGGCACAACCUUCGCCUUUCUUCGUCCCUCUGAACAUCAUUCUAUACUUAUGUCUCAUAUCAAAUGGACUCGCUGCACUAUAUGCUCCCAUUCAAGAUUGUGACGAGGUCUUUAACUUCUGGGAGCCCGCGCAUUAUCUUCAGCAUGGUUAUGGACUGCAGACAUGGGAGUACUCCCCAGUCUACUCUAUCCGGAGCUGGCUGUACGUGUCGCUUCACGCUGCAGUGGGAAAGCUAGCAUCAACAUUUCUUGAGAGCAAGAGUGCUCAAUUCUAUGUGAUCCGUCUAUUCCUUGCGUUCUUCUGUGCAGCAUGCCAAACACGUCUAUAUUCUGCCAUAUGCCGAUCUCUCAAUCCUCGGAUCGGUGUCUUGUUCAUCACGAUUGUCAUCUUCAGCCCUGGUACAUUCCAUGCUGCUACUGGAUUUUUACCCUCCACAUUUACCAUGUGUACCUCUAUGCUUGGCUUGGCUGCUUUUUUGAACAUAAAAGGUGGACCGAAAACAGCUCAGGGAAUCAUGUGGUUCGGUCUGGGUGCAAUUGUUGGCUGGCCAUUCGCUGGUGCUCUCAUCCUACCUCUUCUGGUUGAGGAAAUCAUCAUUGGUUGUAUUUCAAGAUCCUUGGGAUCUGUCUUGUAUGCUAUCUUUGAUGGUGGUAUGAGAUGUCUCUAUAUCAUGAUCCUUGAAGUGGCCAUCGACUACGCCUUCUUCCGUCAGGUCGUUCUGGUACCCUGGAAUAUUGUCGCCUACAAUAUCUUCGGUGGUGAAGGUAAAGGCCCCGAUAUUUUCGGCACUGAACCCUGGACUUUCUACAUUCGAAACCUACUCUUGAACUUCAACAUCUGGUUCGUCCUAGCGCUCUUGUCGGCGCCACUUCUUCUCAUCCAAGUGCUCUUUCACCUCAAGUCUACUUCCAUACAAAGGUUCGGGCGGUCUAUCGCAUUGGUCGCGCCUUUCUAUAUGUGGCUUGGAAUAUUUACCCUUCAGCCUCACAAGGAAGAACGGUUUAUGUAUCCAGCCUAUCCCUUCCUGGCCCUCAACGCCGCUCUUUCAUGUCACCUUAUCCUUGCCUACCUUGGAUCUAGCUAUUCAAAUCGCACAGUCAGCCGUAUUCCGGUAGAUAUCAGGUUAAUCGCGGUUGUGUCAAUCAUCCUGGCAGCUGUCCAUGCCGGUAUGCUGCGCAGCUUUGGAAUGAUUACAGCUUACAAUGCCCCCUUGAAUGUUCUCCAGCCAUUGCAGCAGGUGAAUGUGUCGCAGACAGGAACCUCUGUCUGUCUUGGCAAAGAAUGGUAUCGAUUCCCUUCAUCAUACUUCUUGCCACACAAUAUGCACGCCAAAUUUAUCAGGAGCGAGUUCCGAGGUCUCCUUCCAGGCGAGUUUCCAGAUGCGCCAAGCUAUCUGGACCGCUUAGAGGGUGCUUCACAGAUCCCAUCUGGUAUGAACGAUCUCAAUAUUGAAGAUCCCACCAAAUAUAUUGAUGUUUCAGAGUGCGCUUUCUUGGUCGACUCUUAUUUCCCAGGCCGCGAGGCAACUGAGCUCGAACCUCACUACAUCCUGGACGAUUCGCAAUGGGAAACCCUCCAGUGCGCAAGCUUCUUAGAUGCAACCCAGACCAGUUUAAUAGGACGCCUAAUAUGGGUCCCCGGUCUUUCCUUUAUUCCUGAUUCCCUGCAGCGAAAAUGGGGCCAGUACUGCCUUCUCCAGCGGCGAGCAAACGACAAAAUUGUACAAUAG